AUGCCACCAGCUGGUUUCGAGGAUGAUGCCGCCUUCUUUAAGUCUGAUGUGGAAUCAAUUCGUCAUCAAAACGACUACGCCGGCAGUAUACAUCCGCAACCUUCGGCUGAUGGCGAUGUCGUUUAUGUUUCAAAUGACUCUGGAGUUCAUUCCCAACACGAGACUUCAAAGGACGACUUUAUCGAAAGUGAAAGUCGGAAUAGAGGAGAUUCGGCGAAGUCUGACGAUCUCACCAUCCGCCAAAUAAAGUAAGUGUCAAGUACAUGGUUUUUUCUUGCCGGAUACCUUCGUCACCUGAGUGUUUCGACUGCAGACUUGUACAACUUUUUUGAAAUCUUGUAGUUGAAUUCUUGACGUUCACUCAGCUUAGUGCAUGUGACAUAACCGCUCGUCCAUGGUUAUGAAACAUAUUGUUGUCGGUAGUUGAUGCCCAUAGCAUCAUCUGUACUUAUUAGAUAAGGAAACUCGAAUAAAUGUCUCGCAUAUGUUCAAGGCGACAUUUCUUCAAAACCGUUUAGUAAACAAAAUCUUCCAAAAAUGAAUGACUCCUAGUACUUUUGCGGUUAAACAUGUCAAUCAUAAAGUUUGGCCAACAGGGACCAGUACGUGCAGAGCUUACUAAUGCAAAAACACACUGAACGGCCAAGGGCGACGUACGAGUAGUUGAAAAUAACAUUUCAUUGAGUAAUUUGCCAAACCCCGUCACUUGAAAUGCAAGUGAAAUCGCAAGGUACUGUGGAAACUACAAACUUAAUGACUCAUGUAUACCGAGUCUAAUUACUGUCUGUCUAGAUACCGAAAAUUUGCACCAUGCUAGUUCUCCAAAAUCCGUUCUUUCCGUAGUCUUAUCAAAAAUUUAAAAGACGACAGAAUCCAAGAAAACCUAUGUACAUAAUUUGUUUGGCAUGCCCCGCAGGGUAAAGGAGCAUAAGCAUGCCUACGGCGGUUGCUGUAUUAGCGGCGGUAAAGAUUAUUCUAGGUAAAACGUACAGGAGAAUUUUCGGUCUGUGAAAUUAGUAAUUAUGUUCUACUCCUGCUCCCUUCUCCUAUUCCGUUUUCCUUUACGAAUUUCCGACCAGUAAUUCACCAAAUGUUUAUAGCACCACUGGGGAAAAACGGACUGGACGCAGCCGACGAGCAGUCACGUCCGUAAGAGAACACGUCUGGCCAUUAGGCAUAAUUCCUUAUGAAAUUGGACCACAAUUCAACGGUGAGUAUGUUGCGCAAAUUGAGGAUAUUACUUGGCAAAUGCCCUGAUGACGAGAUUAACUGCAAUGUAAAGUGCAGAAGUCAAGCAUCUUUGUUGUAAACACCAACACAAAUUCGGUCAGUGUGAAGUUAUCAAAUUAGCAGUACCAUAUACUUUAAUGCCAAACAAAGAGAAUUAAGUCCGCUGAAAGACAAUUUAAAGCUGAGCAUAUAUCCACAAGUAGGGGCAGACUGCAUAGGUACAGAAAUAAACAUGCGUCUGUAAGUUUGCAUUGAAAGUUUGGUAUCCCAUAAAGCAAAAGUUGGGGAAAAUACGUUCGCUAGAAAUUGCAAAUGAGUGUUUUUUGGGUUUCAAAUGUCGAUUCGCCAAGCCGGAAUCAGGCAUGCGGUAAACUGGAAGAGGGAAUGAACAUUAAAUCCUAUCUGAACAGGCAAUAGUUAUUGCUCAUUCCUGCCUAUAAUCCGUCGGCGCUCGGAUUGGCUUGUCGCCUUUCCCACUUCUUAUGUGGGAGUGUUGUGCGCCUUGCCUGCUAAGGUGUGCCUAUUAGGCCGCAGGUCAUUGGAAUACACGGCCUUAAAACGGAUCCGGUCCUUACUAGAUAAUCAGGCACCAACACUGCCAGUAUUGUCCCAGGGAGAAUUUUGUCCAGUUUCCAGCGUAACUUGACUAAAAGUUGUCUUUCCUGUUUAAUCUCAAUUGAUUUUUGCUAGCGCAUGUUCGCCUGGGCAUGUUCAACUGCCAGUUUCAUUACAGAGCCGCCACCCAAUAAAGGUCAGAUGGCCCUUGCAAACGUUUUAGAUUUUAUAAAAUAAGCAAUCCUGCACUUGGAAUCAUGCGCUGGUUGUGUAAUGCAAUUGUCUGCUUGUGCGUCACGUGCAUUUGGUUCUCCCGCUUGUGUGGACUGUGUCGCCUGUGCGGUUAACUGCAAUAAACAUGAAGACAAACGAUUACAGUCGCGUUUUGGAGAAUACACCAGUACAGUAAGGAGGAUGGACUCCUGGUGUAGCAACACAUCGCGGGCUCUCAGCAAAAACUCACCUGCCAGAUUAUGGGAACUCUGGUUCAAAGAAAUAGCCGCAUAGCCUGGAAAACCGUCAAGGCCUGACACACGAAAAUAACCUGCAUCAAGCGUUGCAAGCGAAGCCAAUGUAUAGGUGUGCGCCCAUUCCUGAGUGAAUAUAUACAGAUAAUGCUAGGGGGCGCUCACCGAUCGUUCUUACGGAACUCAUCCGUUCCGUUGUGUCUUAAGUGCUCUCUCUCUCUCGACCCGAACCAACAGCCGCACAGCGGCGCAUGAUAUAUAGGAAGAAUGGUAUUACCGACAAAGACAAGGGAGACUGGAAUGGCCAUUUCUGGCUUAUUAGCCGUCGUCAGCCAGUCAUACCCAAGUCCGAAGUGUGGAACAGCCGAGCCUCGAACUCGCCAUCGAAAACCGACAGGGCAACGGGCUCGUGGCCCGGUGGGUAGAGGCGUGGACUUCUAAACCAACAGGUCGCGAGUUCGAGGCUCGGGUGUUCCACACUCCGGGUUUGUGAGUGACUGGCUGACGAUGACUAACAAACCAGAAAUGACCAUCCGAGUCAUAUCGAGUUGGACGCCGCGUACAAAAGUCUCAAGGAGAAAUGGAAGAGACGUGAGCCAAUCGGGAUGGAUUGACGCAAAUAGCGGCCGCUCACGGGCGCAAACGCGAACGACUAUCGAUUUUUUGUGUGCACUGCCAGAUGUUAAUUAAUGCUGGCACAUUUAGUCUCACUCUGCGUCUGACGACGGCCUGGGGAAUCAGCGCCGAUAAUUCACUCAAUAAAGUACCCUUUCCCAAUGAACGUCUCUGCCUUCAACAUAUAUAUAUAUAUAUAUAUAUGGAUAUAGGCAAAAAUGCUGCACCCAAGGUGUUAAUAUGGAAGAUGAGGAUGAGGCGAUCUCUGGGGAAGAAGGUUUAUUCAUCUGACUUUUCGUGUUCAUACUCGAGCACAUCUUCGGAGAUAGGCUGAGCGAGAAAUUCGGGGUUUAAAUAGGCCAUCUGCACUCUCACCCGAUAGGUUCGUCCCGUUCGCUUCUCGUUGGCCCCCCUCUCGCGCGUAGAUGGUGCCUGACGGCCUCGUAUGGCGCUGGCAAAUCGAUACUUCGGUUGAUAGAGUUCGUGUCUGAUUUCCAGGCCUCGAUUACUUCACUCGACAGUUUGCUUUCGGCUCGGCCGAGCACCUGGGCGCCGUCAGCGACACACACAUCAGCACAGAAGCCGAGAAGCUGCGGGAGCGUAAAACCCUAUGGCGCCUCUUCCUUGCCAAUGGAUAUCCACGCAGUUUUGUGAACAAAUGCUUGUACCGAAGGCACACGAAGACGGACGGUGAGAAGAAACAAAGACCAGAAAUCUUCCGUGUCUUGCCCUACGUGAGUAACGUCUCCGAAGCCACUGAGCGCAUACUAAGGCCGCUAGGCGUGGGCGUUGGUCACCGACCGGAGGCCAACAUCCGCCGCUUAAUCAUGCAGCCCAAGGACCGGCUACCACCUGCAGACACGUCAGGCGUCAUUUACCGCGUCAAAUGUCUGGACUGUCCAGCCAACUACUAUGGCAUGACCGACAAACGCCUAAGAACGCGCAUGCAUGAGCACACUUUGGCCGUAAGGCGAAAGGACGUACUAUCGCAUGUCGCCAUGCACUGCCUGGAAAACAAUCACAAGUUCGACUUUGACGGCGCCCAGGUGCUCGGCCGAGCCGAAAGCAAACUGGCGAGGGAAGUAAUCGAGGCCUGGAAAUCAGACACGAACUCUAUCAACCGAAGUAUCGAUUUUCCAGCGCCAUACGAGGCCGUCAGGCACCAUCUACGCGCGAGAGGGGGGCCAACGAGAAGCGAACGGGACGAACCUAUCGGGUGA